AUGAAGGCUGGCAUCGCGGGGCUGGCUGCGGGCAUCCUGGGCGGCACUGGCGUGCUGCUCUUCCUCGUUGCCUUCGGGACGGAUUACUGGCUGCUGGCUUCAGAGACCUGCGGGAUGGUCCCCGAUGGAAACAGCACGCUCCAGCCCGGCGAGGCUGAAACGCCGACCGAGGCCAGGAAGGAGAUCCUCACUUUCCACCACGAGGGCUUCUUCUGGCGGUGCUGGUUCUUCGGCGAGGGCCAGCCGGAGACCAUCUGGACCUUCUGGUACACCAGCCAAGCGCACCCCAAGCACUGCAUGCACGGCUACCUGUUCCCCAUGCCUGUCACUCUGGGACCUUUCCCCCAUCCCUCCUACGACACGACCGCAGUGUACAGAGGCUUCUGGACAGCGUUCAUCAUGCUGGCUGUGGCUGGCGGCCUGGUGGGAGGCCUGCUGCUGGUGUGUGGCGUGCCCUUCGUCAGCGCCAAGUCCUACAAAGUCGGCGGUGGGUUCCUGCUGGCCUCGGGAUGCUUAUUUCUCCUGCUCAUUUUCCUCUUCGUGAUGUGGAAGGAGUUUGUGGCUGAUUUUCAGAAGUACAUUCUCCUGGAGAGGAGUGAAAAGUGCCUGGAGGAAGCGCCCGUGCACGUGUACUACGGCUGGUCCUUCAUGUUCGCUGCCGCAGGGGUGCCCCUGGUGCUGCUCUCCGGACUCCUCUUCUUUCUGGUCGGCAGAGACAUUAUGAAGUCCCUGGAGUAA